UUACCGUUUAAAAACCAAAUCAAACCCAAGUUCCAUACCCUCUCUCAUUCUCACUCUCUAAGCUUUCCCUCUUCUCAACCAAGAAGGAGAACAAACCCUUUUGUCUCUCCUUCUUCUACGAAUCCUUUUUUGCUUUUGUCUCUUCGUUCGAAUCUCUGUGUGUCUUUGUGUUUGAUCUACAUCUCAAUAAUGGCUGCCGUUAAUGGGUUCUCUGAAACCGGUCAUGGCUACCAGACCAACACUCCGGUCACCGCCGCUGCUCCCACCAAACAAUCUCUGCCUCCGGCUAAGACUGUAGAUUCUCAGUCUGUUCUCAAAAGGUUGCAAUCUGAACUGAUGGCUUUAAUGAUGAGCGGGGAUUCAGGGAUAUCUGCAUUCCCAGAGGAAGACAACAUAUUCUGCUGGAAAGGAACAAUCAUUGGAAGCAAAGACACAGUCUUUGAAGGAACAGAAUACAGACUUUCACUUUCUUUUCCAAAUGAUUAUCCAUUCAAACCUCCAAAGGUCAAGUUUGAGACUGGUUGCUUCCAUCCUAAUGUGGAUGUCUAUGGCAAUAUUUGCUUGGACAUUCUUCAGGAUAAAUGGUCAUCUGCUUAUGAUGUGAGAACUGUACUAAUAUCCAUCCAGAGUCUUCUUGGAGAGCCAAACAUAAGUUCACCUUUGAAUACCCAAGCUGCUCAACUCUGGAAUAAUCAAGAGGAGUACAGGAAGAUGGUGGAGAAGUUGUACAAGGCCCCAACUGCUUAGUUAUUUUUUAUUUAUUUAAUUUUUAUUUUUUUUUGGUUACUCUUUUAAUUUUUUUUUUUUUCCCUCCCCUCGUUUACUUACAAAAAGAUCAGAGAUGAUGGAAACAUGCUUUUUCUUUUUCCUUUUUCUUAUUGAGGAUGAAUUUAUAUUACAUUUAGAAUUCUCUCUCUA